CAUGGGUUGUGACAAACGAGAGACCUCGCGUCCUUAAAACUUGCAAAAGUCUUUGGAAAUAUUGGACCAUUGCGCAGGCCCCAAACCCUGAAUUUUCCCAGAGCUGACCUCAUAUGCGCACAGCGACAAGCCAGGCAACGGUGGGUCAGAAAACCAUUCCUCCGUUUCAAGAGUAUCUGGUUGUGCGGCCCGGUGGAUGUGCCUGGCUUGACGCUUCUCCGAAAACCCUGGGGGUUUCCUGACGCGACGAUGAGUUCCCAGGGGAGUUUCCGCAAGAAGGUCGUAACUUAUAGUCGGCGUUCUGUCAAGCGAGCCUCGUCGGGGUUGUCAAACCAAGCGUGGCCGACUAGCCUAUUUCCGACUGACGGAGAAAGUGUAGGAAUGUCCUCAAAAAGUCCUGCGAGUCGUUCCCUGGGUCCGAGCCGUAAGGGUUCGCCCGUAAGCGACCCUUUUGCGUUCACUUUGGAAGAGCAGGAUUCACCACCCAAGAGGAAGAGAUCUCGAUUGCUGCCAAUAGGUGUCGGGCAACCGUCAAAGGAAAAGCUUGACGAACUGGUGUCCGAGGACGAAACUAUCACCUUUGAGUGGGAGGAGCGAGUUAGGAGCGAGAAACGACGAAAGAUACUACCGAGCACUGCAGCCUCCAAGAAGGAGGCCAUACCUAGCAGAUCGAAUAGUCCCCGGUCUCCUCCCUCACCGCCGGUGCGAAGGUCGCCCAGGAAAGCGAAGAGUGCUUCAACCCCUGAAACGAAAACUCAUUCGGAUCCUCCUUCCGAGUCAACUCCUCACACAUUAUCAAAAGGGUCUCAAUCAUCAUUGGCAUCCGUUUAUGGCACGCCUGUGGAGUCUCCCAGCACGAAAAGAUCAAAAAGUUCGGCCACCCAAUCUAGGAACAAUGGAAGAGGUGUCGACGAGCAAUACACGGAAGAGGCAACUCCGUCGAAAAGGAGACAACUUCACAAACCAACGCCGGAUCCGAGAUCAUUCCCCAAUAUAUCGAAGGCGCAUUUUGGUACGGAUUCCCCGACUGAGGCAGGUGUGGAGGAUGGCGGUCUUCUCCUCGGAGGUGUCUCCAACCCGCUAUCGACCAUUGGGGAAGACAGCGGCCCCUUCUCAUAUUCCGCCCCAUCACCAGCAAAUAAUGAACAUUUACGGCGCGGAAGUGGAUUGUUGCGCACAAUAGGUGCCCCUUCGUUGCCGCAUGCCAAAUCUGACGUUUCGAGUAAUCGAUGUCAUGCAACAUCUCCUUCUCCACUGAAGAAGUCGGUGUCGGCACCGCCAUUCUCCAUUCUGGAUGACAUUUCCGCGCUGCUACCAGACAUCAGCGGCCCCACGGCUAUGCGCGCGCUGUCCUUCAGCGGCGACGCAAGCAACGGGCCCCUGCGGGGAGAUUCACCGAGAGCGACGCGUCGCGUUGCUCGGAUGAAGACCUCAGGCAAGCCUCCUGGUACGCCGACGAGAAGAACUUCUGUGGAUAUGGACACCGACCCUUCGGCAUUCCUGUCACAAUCACACAUUCUCAACACCCUCAACGGGCCAGUUAACUUAUUGGAAAGCAGUGUUCCUGAACUGGUUCUCCAUCCGGACGAUCUUAGUAAUCAGCCGAUCUCGUCAGUGACGGAGAAGCGGGUCCUGUACUCGUCUCUGAGCAUCGAAACCAGCGUAGGGGAUGAAACGUACGUUAAACGCGCCAUGACCGGAAUGACGUACGCCCGAACGCGGAGCUAUAUCGAAUCCGAAGAAGACUUGUUUGCGCCAAAGUUCGUCUCCGAUGCUCAGCGACGGAAAGACGAGGGAUUGGAAAGCAGCGACGACGAAGAAGAUCGGAGAGAAGUCAAAGGCAUCCACGAACUCCGUGAGGCUGGAGAAGCCAAGAGGUUCGCCGAUGAGAUGGAGUACAUCAUGGGUGGGUUUGGCCCGGAAGAGCCUGCUGGAGUCAAACGGAGUAGCUGCCUCAGGUUGUGCACAAAAGUACUGUCGGAAAAGUUCGUGCAGAACGUCAAGGCGCAUGGAUUCUUUGCGCGGUUCAUGGACUUCGUGCGGGCGAUCGAAGAUCCUAUUCUCAUCACCAUGGUGACUUUUAUUCUCUGCGCACUCGUGCAAAAUCGCCGCAAUGUAGACGACCUCAGUCAAGAUCCAGCACUGAUCCAACACUUUGCAAAAGCAUUGAGGUUGAACCCCGAUCCUUUGAUCGGAGGAGCAAGCAAAUACGAGAGAAGAUUUAUCGCCGAUCUCAAGAAAACAUUACGAUGUGCACCCUUUAUACCCAACAUCGAGGUUGAGAGCUUGGAAAGCCUUUCUAUCCGAGCGAUUUCCGCUAUAAUUGCGGCAAAGCCGCUGAAUGUGCCCCGGUUGCAAUACCAAUUGUGGGAGAACGGCGUCGGGCUGCUGAUAAGCCAAAGGAUGGCGACCUUCUUGCGCGUUGCAAACAGCGUCGCAGAGGAAGGCUCAGACGAAAGCAUCAUCUCGAGUUUCGAAAAACUUUGGUACUCUGAAUCAAGUCUGACGGUGGCAUCUUUGAGAAUCCUGCAGUUUGCAACCAUGAGAUGCGGUGAUGAUGCGGUCGCGCUGCUCGAAACGGCUGGAUUCCUGAACGAAUUGAUGGCUUCCCUGGCCUGGUUGACAGUGUAUGCCCGUGCGGAUGAAACUCAUGUCCAGGAAGCGUCAAUACUUCUCCACGCCAUGCUCGCAUUGCUCAUAAACCUCACGCAUGCAAGCACAACAUGCGCCGAAAGCAUAGCCCGCGGUCCAUGGCUAGGAUCGAUCUUCAAAUGCGGGUUUCUGCCGAACGAUUUACUUCCAACGUUGGAGAAUUCCCCGGUUGGCUCGGCCAUUCCAGAGUGGAAUGCUGAACAUGAUACUCGUGGGAAAGAAACCCCUGAGGAGAAAACGGACAGCUUUGCCAUUAUGAUGCUGGGCAUCGCGUUGCUUGCCAACGUUGCGCACAAGCGUCCACAGCUUCAGAAGCACCUAAGGAGCUAUGAAUUCUCCCUCACAUGUCCAAGCCGGCUUCCUUGUAUGCAGCGGUGCACUUGUGCAUCACGGCAAGUAGCUGUGAAGUGCAUCGCCGAUUUUAUCAAUGAGCGACUUGCAAAAGAUAGCGAGGAGGCAAACAGCGCAAUGGUGACCGGACAAGCAACCAUGGUCCUUGGCCUUCUCAUCCAGCACGAUUCGAAAAGCUGGGCUUUAGCAAAAUCAUCAAUGACACAUCAUCAGCAAUCCUUCGGAGCCGUGAUUGAGAUGCUCGAGAACUUCCGUCGUCUUUACGAUGCACUAGCUAUGGCCGCGCCAGGCAACCCGAGCUGCAAUCCGACGACCCCGAUAACACCGAUGUCAGGCGUUUCGUUCACGGGUGCCGAUUCGGGGUUUAUGGGGAGCGACACCUCGGGCAUGGUGGCCGAGCUUAUCAAGGUAUUCAGGGGUGCUUAGGGUAGAACCUAGCGAACAUGCACCCGAAGCUUCCGUCGUCGUAGCGUAGUCCCCCCAAAUAAUACGUAUAUAUACAUAUGAGGUGGAAGAGUGAGCAAAAAAACUAGUAGACCUUGUGCAUACGAGUACCCCUGCCUUGGGGGGUGACCCCCUCAGUGAAGGUCGAGAUCCCCACCCUCGCUUACUUCCAGAUUCAGCUAUAGACGUUUGCCGGAGAAGCUUCAAUCGACUUGGGUUAUUCGACCGGCCGUCUGUGGCUUCAGACGACAUUGGCCUUAAACAACGCGAAACUGACGCGUC